GCCACUGAUACAGCAAUCAUCAUCAUCAUCGGUAAUUUCAACAACAUUUCAGGUUGACACGUCUAUGCCCAAAAAAUUUCCCAAUUUUCCAUCCAAUUCUGCAUAAACCCUAGAUUCACGCAAGCAAAACUUUCUUUUUUCUUUGCCUCCGGAAUUGGAGCACCGCCAUAUCCGGUCGCGUGUUUCCUCGUUCGGGGACAUUGAUGAUUCUGCUUGUUCCGCCACUGGCUGCUGUUGUCGUGUUCCGCUUCUGGGAUCACCGCCCAGUGCCUAAAGGAACAAUCUUUUGGCGCUAAAUUGUGGUGGGGUUCCUCUAUUUUUUUCUUUUUUUCUCCAAUAUGUAUAGAUCUGGAGCAGGCAUGGCUUGGAACGUGUUUAGGUUCUGCACUGCCCUGAGAGGAUUAGGCUCGAUCAUGAUACUAAUGGUUCUUGGGGUUGUGGGUGUUACCUAUUACGCUGUUGUGUUGACUAAUUUUGGACCUGCCUUGUUUCUUGGAGGCCUUGAUACUCUUAUCUCCUUCGUGGUGUUGAUCUUGUUUCAUUGUUUGUUGGUUAUGUUAUUGUGGUGUUACUUUGCUGUUGUGUUUAUGGAUCCGGGGACUGUGCCUCCUAACUGGAAGCCUGCUGCUGAUGAGGAGAGAGGAGAGGUUGAUCCGUUGAAUGGGGUAGAAUUAAGUAAUCUGCAGUCUGAUCCUGCAAAUCAACGGUUCAGAUACUGUCGGAAGUGCAGUCAGCCCAAGCCACCUCGAUGUCAUCAUUGUUCUGUUUGUGGACGUUGUGUACUGAAGAUGGACCACCAUUGUGUCUGGGUAGUUAACUGUGUUGGGGCAUUAAAUUACAAGUAUUUCCUCCUUUUCUUGGUCUACACUUUCCUUGAGACCACUCUUGUGACUAUAUCAUUACUGCCACAUUUCAAAACAUACUUUUCUGACGGAGAAAUUCCUGGAACACCUGGCACUCUUGCCACAACUUUUCUUACUUUUGUUUUGAAUCUGGCCUUUUCCUUGAGUGUCUUGGGAUUUCUUGUCUUGCACGUGUCAUUGGUAGCUUCUAAUACAACCACUAUUGAGGCAUAUGAAAAGAAAACUACUUCAAAAUGGCGUUAUGACCUUGGUCGUAGAAAAAAUUUUGAACAGGUUUUUGGAAUGGACAAGAGAUACUGGUUCAUCCCUGCUUAUUCAGAGGAAGAUAUACGAAGGAUGCCUGUUCUUCAGGGCCUUGAGUAUCCAUCAACACCAGACUUCAAUGCCCAAGAGUUCUGAGAGCCAUUGCCACAUCAGAAGAGAAACUGUUUUUACCUUUUGCAACAGAAAACAUGGAGCAUCCAUAGCCUCUUGUUUUGGUCUCUAAGAGAAUCUGUAGCAUUGAGGUAUUUAAGAUCCGGACGGCAAUUUGUUUGCAUAGGCACUUGGCAUGAUUAAUGUUUUUUUUCCUUCUUUGAUGAGUCGUGUGCUUGUGCCAAGUUCAAAUGGUGAGCAACGAGGAGCUUGGUUUAAAGGUUUGACUAGUUAAUUGAUGUGUUCAAAUUCCUGAAAAUGUUAUCUCACUCACGAUUAAGAACUAUACAUGGAUUUUCACCUGUUCAAUUUUUUACCCUUCAUUAGUCAUACACUGAUGUUGCUUGGAAUGAUUGUCGAUUGAAGUUUUACAAUCAACUAUUCCUUUGCAUAGAUGAUGUUCAAAUGUAAUACGAAUUAUACUUUCCUGUAAAUAUAUGCAAUUCACAUGUCAUUUGUCCUACUUUGUAA